CCAACACCAUCGUUUCCGGUUCCGCCGAGAAGCGGCCGGAUCGCUUCGGUCCCUUCUCUAUCCCGCCCAUUUGUCUAACGUUUCUGGGGCUUACGGGGUCGGUUGGACGGGAAGUUACCAAUAAAGUUUUACUGUUUGAAAGCCGGCCUGGCUGGGCCGUGCCCAUUAUCUGUUCCCUUGUUUGUUUGUCCGCAGUCCCUCUGGGCUACAGGGAACAAGCUUCAGGGCGUCAUGGCCAGGGGCCGCCGCGGCCGGGCGGAGCUGAAGCCGCCUUUCGCUGCCCACGCGCUCCCUUGGCUCCCGGGUCUGCCGGCGUCCACCUCGGUCUGAGCGCAGCCCCCUCCGCGCCCACGGGCCGCCUCGCGCCGGACCCCAUGGCCUCCGAGGCGCCGCCGCCUUCGUUGUCUCCGUCGCCGCCACCCUCUCCCGAGCCUGAGCUGGCCCAGCUGAGGCGCAAGGUGGAGACGUUGGAACGCGAGCUGCGGAGCUGCAAGCGACAAGUGCGGGAGAUCGAGAAGCUGCUGCAUCACACGGAGCGGCUGUACCAGAGCGCCGAGAGCAACAACCAGGAGCUCCGCACCCAGGUAGAAGAGCUCAGUAAAAUACUCCAUUGUGGGAAAAACGAAGAUAAUAAAAAGUCUGAUGUAGAAGUGCAAACAGAGAACCACCCUCCUUGGUCAAUCUCAGAUUAUUACUAUCAGACAUACUAUAAUGAAGUUGAUCUUCCAAAUAAAGCAUCUGAACUCUCAGUUCAGGAAGAUAAGGAUAUUGAAGCUUCUACUUUUAGUUCUAAAGACCAGUCACACAUAGAAAAUGAUACUUAUGCUGGUACUGAUAUAACAGAAAAUCUUGGACAAGAGGACCAUUUUGCCUCGAAUUCACAGGAGCCAGCGUCUGCGUUAGCAACAGAGAAUGCAUCCUUAGAAGGUUCAUCACUGGCUGAGAGUUUGAGAGCCGCAGCAGAAGCUGCUGUGUCGCAGACUGGCUUCAGUUACGAUGAGAAUACUGGGUUGUAUUUUGAUCACAGUACUGGAUUCUAUUAUGAUUCCGAAAACCAGCUGUAUUAUGAUCCCUCCACUGGAAUUUAUUACUACUGUGAUGUGGAAAGUGGUCGAUACCAGUUUCAUUCUCGAGUGGAUUUGCAGCCUUAUCAGACUUCUGGCACAAAACAAAGUAAAGAUAAAAAAUUGAAGAAGAGGAGAAAAGAUCCAGAUUCUUCUACAACAAAUGAAGAAAAGAAUUUGAAUUCAGAAGAUCAGAAAACGUCCAAUAUUGAACAUAUAAGCUGCAGUGAGGGAGAAGAUUUUGCAAAUGUGAAAAAGAAGGCCAAAGUAGACAUUCAUUACAAAAAUAGUCCUCCCAAAUAUACUGUUCCAGUUAGUGCAAAGACUGUGGAAUCUCCUCUUAAUGAAAACAUUUAUAACUCGGCUUCGUUUAAAGAUGAGAAAAUCUUAGACACUGAUAGUGAGCCUGAAGAAGGUGAAAUUACAGACUCUCAGACCGAGGACAGUUCCGAUGAAGACCUUACCAGUGAAGACAAUGCAAUGGCAGGAGAUACUGAAGAUGAAGAUGAAGAAAAAAUCUGGCCCCCAUGUAUUAGAGUAAUUGUAAUUAGAUCACCUGUGUUGCAGACAGGAUCACUUUUUAUCAUUACAGCUGUAAAUCCUGCUACAAUUGGAAGAGAAAAAGAUAUGGAGCAUACUCUCCGAAUCCCUGAAGUUGGUGUCAGUAAGUUUCAUGCAGAAAUUUAUUUUGACCAUGACUUACAAAGUUAUGUCCUUGUGGAUCAAGGCAGUCAGAAUGGUACAGUUGUUAAUGGAAAACAGAUUCUUCAGCCCAAAACUAAGUGUGACCCGUAUGUACUCGAGCAUGGGGAUGAAGUGAAGAUCGGAGAGACUGUGCUGUCGUUUCACAUUCACCCUGGCAGGGACACCUGUGACGGCUGUGAACCCGGGCAGGUUAGAGCUCACCUUCGUCUUGAUAAGAAAGAUGAGCUCUUUGUUGGUCCAGCACUAAGUAAGGAGGAAAAAGAGUUGGAAAGGAGGAAAGAAUUAAAGAAAAUACGAGUAAAAUAUGGUUUACAGAACACAGACUAUGAAGAUGAAAAGACAUUGAAGAAUCCAAAAUAUAAAGACAGAGCUGGAAAACGUAGGGAGCAGAUUGGAAGUGAAGGAACUUUCCAAAGAGAUGAUGCUCCUGCAUCUGUUCAUUCUGAAAUUACUGAUAGCAAUAAAGGUCGGAAGAUGUUGGAGAAGAUGGGAUGGAAGAAAGGAGAGGGCCUAGGGAAGGACGGUGGAGGCAUGAAAACUCCGAUCCAGCUUCAGCUUCGGCGAACACAUGCAGGCUUGGGGACAGGCAAGCCAUCUUCAAUUGAAGAUGUUCAGCUUCUCCAAAACAAGAGCAAAAAGAACUGGGAGAAAGCACGAGAGAGGUUUGCUGAAAAUUUCCCGGAAGCUAAAUCUCAAAAAGAUGCACCAGGGACUGUGCCUUGGGUCAAAGGGACUGUAGAGUGAAGGUCAGUCAUAGAACACAAUUAACCUUUUUUAUAGAGUUUGGAAACUCUUGUAUAAUUGCAGAAAUUUCCCCUCAAAAAGAGUCAGUGGCAUGAGGGAACUGUGUCAGUUUACCCCUCAUGAUUCAAAAAUUUGUAAUAAAGUGUGGUUUGCAGAGCUUUUAAAAAACAUUUUUCAAAACUAAUAAAUAGUGACUGAAUCAAGUUAUGCUGUGAGUGGACUAAAGUUCACGGGACAUGGAUGGGCUUAUCAAACUUUGUUAUUUUAUUUCGUCAUUUGCAAGACCCAUAUAAACAACUAGCCAUAUAAGCAAAAUUCAUGUAACCACUAACUUAAAUGUACAUUUGUCUUUGUCUCCUUAUAUUCAUUAUUGUAAGAUGCAUAACAGAAGAAACACCAAAAGUUUAUAAAAACAACCUGACUGUAUGCAUCCUUGUUUAUACCCUUUAGAACCUAGAUAGAAAAUGUUGAAAAACAUAGGUAGUGGUGUAUACAUUAUAUUUGAAAUAACUCAAGACAUAUUAUUGAAGAACUAAUGAGCAGGUGACAUGUAGAAAAUCAGUCUUCCAUUGUUUUCUUCUGUGAAGAAUCUGUGGAUUUGUAUUAUAUAUUAAGCAUUUACAUUUGGUUUGUUUCAUAGCUAAAAUGUGAACAGUUGGGUACAGUAUUGAAAUAUUCAAUGUGCUAGUGUUUGUAGUUUUGAUAAAUCCCAUUGCUGGCAAUGGAGUCAUGCCAGGAAAAUUUGAUUUCUACUGCAAAAGGAUUAGAGACUUCCCUGGUGGCUCAGACGGUAAAGCGUCUGCCUACAAUGCAAGAGACCUGGGUUCGAUCCCUGGGUCGGGAAGAUCCUCUGGAGAAGGAAAUGGCAUCCCACUCCAGUACUCUUACCUGGAAAAUCCCAUGGAUGGAAGAGCCUGAUAGGCUACAGUCCAUGAGGUCGCAGAGUCAGACACAAAUGAGCGACUUCCCUUGCUUCCUUACCUAGCCAAGGCUCCAAACUCAACAUGUUUAUUGAAAAUAUCUUCAGAUGCAAUAAAAACAUUAUAACAUCAAAAAAAUAAUUCAUUGAACCAAUAAUUUAAACAUUCUGGUCUGCUUUGAACUCAAGACCAGGCAGAAUUUCCCUCUGAAAACUGGCAGCACAGCGAUGAGAGGAGAUCAGCUCGGGUCUGGGGAGGCUGCAGUGCGGCUUUCUGAGCGCAGGUGUCACUGCGCUGCCGGUUAUUGCAGCUUUUCCCUUUGUGGUCGACUUUUCUGUCAGCUUUUUGCUGGGAAAUCAAUGCUGAAACUGAUCUUUUAUCACAGUGAAUAUAAACUAUAGCUCUGUCAUCUACUAUACUGAAAUGUCUUCAAGAUACAGAAAAAGGAAAGGAAAAUUCUGGGGAAAAAAGUAUGCAAUAGGGAAGAUAAUUCAGAAAGAAAAGCUACCUGUUGGAAUUUCUAAUCUUAAUGGUAGAGGGUACUUAAGAAGAAGGAGGAGUGUGGAAAGAAAAUGUAUUACUAUAGAUGAGACAUAUGACCAAAUUUCUCAAGUCACUGCAGAUGGGAAAAUCAGAGAUCCUAUAACUCCAAAUUUGGAUUAAGUAUUUUCCUGUAUCCUUUCUGCCCACUUACAUACCCUAACACACACACACACAAACACACAUGGCCACAUACAUACCCUAACACACACACAUACCACACACUUGGCCACUUUCAUACCCUAACGCAUACACACACACACAAGACCUGGAGGCAAUAGGAAUGUCCUGGAUUAUUUUCUCUAGAGUAGAAAAAUUACUCGUGUAAACAUGGUUCUGAUACUGGUGCCCUGUAUACAGGUGACAAUAUAGGACCUUCAGAGUGAACUUGCUUCUGAUAGAUCUCACUCACUGGUUAGUAUACAGUUGUAUAUAUAAUAUUUCCCACUUUAUUAUUAGAUUGUAGAAAACUUUUUCAUUGUUUUCCUUUGUUAAGAAAAUGGAAACUUGAAAAUGGUGAUAAAAAAUUGAUAUAUAUGUGAUAUUUGCAUUAUUAAAACCCUUUGCAGAUCUAAAGUCUCAGGGCUACACUGUAUACUGGUUAAAGCACUGAAUAAUGUCUGGUUCUAUUUCUACUUGUGAAAUGAGAAUAAUAUUUAACUCACAUGUUUGUUUUGAAUAAAAAAUGAGAAAAUGUAUAUAAAAGCACUUUGUAAAUUAUGAAAGUAGUACAAAUGUGAGCUUCUGUUUGUUUAGAAGCAUAAAUGUGGAUUAUGUACAAUUUGAAUUAUACAUAAAAUUGUUUUGUGUCUAAUA